AUGAAUAAAAAACAAAAGCUUGAACUCAAAAAAGAAUUACAAGAAUUAAACGACAAAUAUAAAUCAAUAAUAGAACAAGAUUACAAAAAAUAUAACCAUAAUACUAUUGCCCAACAAUUAAAAUAUAACCAGCCAUUACAAGUAACUAAAAAAGAAAUAGAACUAAAACUAGAUUAUUUACUUAAACCAAUUUGUGAAGAAAAUAUUGAAAAAACUAUCAACCAACUAGAAAUUGAAUAUGAAGAAGAUAUAACAAAAUAUAAUAUAUACCAAUAUGAAUCUUUAAAUUAUUGGAAUAAUACAGCAAACUACAUACAAAGUAGAUAUUACCAAGCACAAGACUGUUCAACAUUAAAAGAAGCAAUUCAACAAUACGAAAACUCAUUAUUUAAAGUAUAUAAAGAAAUUUCUGGAAAAGAAUUCUUUAUUAAUGACCAAAGAAAA